AUUUACAGCACUUAUGUCAACAGUUCUUUCUCUCUCUCUUGGAACGCACCGAGUCGAAGGGCCUCUCUCCAUAUGCUGCCGUAUUUUGUUCUGUAAUGUAUAUCCUUCUGGAACGCACUGCGUUAACAAGUCAAGCAGCCUUUCCUUUAACACCCCUUUCUCUACCAGCAUUAACACUUUCCAGCCCAACCCCACCCCGGAUUCCUUCUUCAAUUCACAUAUAGCUUCAUAAUUUGAUUAGUUUUUGAAAAUUGGGUUAUCGUUUGGGGUUUUGAUUUUGUCAUACAAGACUUAUUUCAAGGAGUUAUCAACAUUCAGCAGUACAAAAGAGUUUUAAUUUUUUGUUUUGUUUAGGAUUUUCGACUGCAAGUAACGGGGAAUCUGCCCUUAUAGAUAUGUGUAAAGGUGGUGGAAUCCAUUUUCUGGUGAGCCUUUUGAUUUCAUUGGUCGCUUUUUACUUGUGGGUUGAGAAUGGAAUCAUCAGAAUUAUCUAAGAAAAAGCUGUUUACUUUUAUUUUUAUGUUUUCAAUGGGAUUUUUACUUUGGUCAUGAUUCCCGGGUCCAGUAGAUUCUAGCUGACAAUAAAAUAAAGUUUCUUCUGAUAUGGGACUUUUAAUUUGAUCAUGGAUUAUGUCGGUGAAGUCUCAGGAUUUGUCGUGGCAGUACAAAAAUUAACAGAUUCCAUGUAAAGCUUUAAAGCUUGAACUUUUUUUUGGUUAUGUUGAUUUUGAAAUACUACGUUUACAUGGAUUGAAUAAGAAGGAAAGAGGAAAACGGGUGAUUGAGAAAAUGUCAUCCAAGUCGACAAACAAGAUUAACUGCUCUCGGAGCAGUUCUUCUAGAUCAAAACAAAAUGCUCGUGUGGUUGCACAAACCCCAAUUGAUGCCAAGCUACAUGUGGACUUUGAAGAAUCCAAGAGGCUUUUUGAUUACUCCUCUUCUAUUGACUUCAACAUUUCCAGUUCCAGUAGUAAUGUUCCCUCUUCUACUGUGUCAGCUUACCUUCAAAAGAUACAAAGAGGAAGUCUAAUUCAGCCUUUUGGUUGCUUGAUUGCUGUUGAUGAGCAAAACUUCACGGUUCUUGCUUAUAGCGAAAACGCUCCAGAAAUGUUGGACUUGGCACCCCAUGCUGUUCCAAGCAUAGAGCAGCAAGAGGCUCUGACUUUUGGAAGUGAUGUGAGAACACUAUUUAGGUCUCCAGGUGCGACAGCCUUGCAGAAAGCUGCUAAUUUUGGGGAAGUUAAUCUUCUCAAUCCGAUAUUGGUUCAUUGUAAAACGUCGGGCAAGCCCUUUUAUGCUAUUUUGCAUAGGAUCGACGCUGGGCUAGUUAUAGAUCUAGAACCAGUUAACCCAGAUGAUGUUCCAGUAACUGCUGCUGGGGCAUUGAAGUCUUAUAAGCUCGCAGCCAAAGCCAUUUCGAGAUUGCAGUCCUUGCCAAGUGGGAACAUAUCUCUGUUAUGUGAUGUUUUAGUUAAGGAAGUUAGUGAUUUGACGGGUUACGAUAGGGUGAUGGUUUAUAAAUUUCAUGAAGAUGAACAUGGAGAAGUUGUUGCCGAAAGCCAUAGACCUGACCUGGAACCUUAUCUAGGCUUGCAUUACCCAGCUACAGACAUACCACAACCCUCAAGAUACCUUUUCAUGAAAAAUAAAGUUAGAAUGAUAUGUGAUUGUUUUGCCCAACCAGUUAAGGUGAUUCAAGACAAAGGAUUGGCUCAACCGUUAAGUCUUUGUGGAUCCGCAUUAAGGUCUCCUAAUGGGUGUCAUGCACAGUAUAUGGCAAAUAUGGGAUCAAUUGCGUCUCUUGUGAUGUCAGUGACUAUCAAUGAGGCUGAUGAUGAGAUGGACAGUGAACAGGAUAAGGGAAGAAAAUUAUGGGGAUUAGUGGUUUGCCAUCACACCAGCCCCAGGUUUGUUCCAUUUCCGCUGAGAUAUGCCUGUGAGUUUCUAAUUCAAGUAUUUGGAGUGCAAAUUAAGAAGGAAGUGGAGUUGGCUUUCCAAAUGAGGGAGAAGCAUAUUCUGCAAACUCAGACUGUUCUUUGUGACAUGCUUUUGAGAGAUUCUCCAGUAGGAAUUGUUACUAAAUCUCCAAAUGUGAUGGAUAUUGUUAAGUGUGAUGGGGCUGCGCUUUACUACAGACAGAAAUUUUGGUUGCUUGGAGUUACCCCUACAGAGGCACAAAUUAGAGAUAUGGCUGAGUGGCUUCUUGAGUACCAUAGAGGAAGUACAGGCUUAAGUACUGAGAGCCUUAUGGAAGCUGGCUAUCCAGGUGCUUCAGUUCUUGGGGAAGCAGUUUGUGGGAUGGCUGCUGUUAGGGUCACUGCAAAAGACUUCUUGUUUUGGUUUCGGUCCCAUACAGCUAAAGAGAUCAAGUGGGGUGGUGCAAAGCAUGAUCCUCGUGACAAGGAUGAUGGAAAAAAGAUGCAUCCAAGAUCAUCAUUCAAGGGUUUUCUGGAGGUUGUCAAGUGGCGGAGUCUACCUUGGGAGGAUGUAGAAAUGGAUGCAAUUCAUUCCUUACAGCUGAUAUUGAAAGGAUCCUUGCAAGAUGAGGUUGCUGAUGAUUCCAAAAUGAUUGUGAAUGUACCAUCUGUUGAUCACAGGAUUCAGAGGGUGGAUGAACUGCGUGUUGUCACUAAUGAAAUGGUCCGCCUGAUUCAGACAGCUGCUGUCCCGAUCUUCGCUGUUGAUUCCUCUGGUAACAUAAAUGGAUGGAACACUAAAGCAGCAGAACUUACUGGCCUGACUGUUGAGCAAGCCAUUGGCAUGCCAUUUGCCGAUCUUGUCGAGGAUGAUUCAGUUGAUAUUGUCAAGAACAUGCUAUCAUUGGCCCUAGAAGGUAUAGAAGAACGAGGCAUUGAAAUCAAGCUUAGGACUUUUGGUUGUGAGGAAAAUGAUGGUCCUAUCAUCUUGGUUGUUAAUGCAUGUUGUAGUCGAGACUUAAAGGAAAAUGUUGUUGGAAUUUGUUUUGUUGGGCAAGAUCUCACUGGCCAAAAGAUAGUCAUGAACAAAUAUUCCCGUAUUCAAGGUGAUUAUGUUGGUGUUAUGAGGAGUCCAUCUGCUCUCAUUCCCCCAAUUUUUAUGAUUGAUGAGCUUGGCCAAUGCUUGGAGUGGAAUGAUGCAAUGCAAAAGUUGUCUGGUAUGAAGAGGGAAGAAGCCAUUGGUAAGAUGCUUCUUGGAGAGGUUUUUACAGUGGACAAUUUUGGCUGUCGGGUGAAGGAUCAUGACACCUUAACCAAACUCAGGAUAUUAUUCAAUGGGAUAACUGCUGGUGAGGAUGCAGAUAAAUUAUUGUUUGGGUUCUUUGAUCGGCAGGGCAAACUUGUUGAAGCAUUACUUUCUGCAAACAGAAGGACUGAUGACAAUGGAAGGGUCAUUGGCAUUUUGUGUUUUUUGCAUGUUGCUAGCCCUGAGCUUCAAUAUGCUUUGCAGGUGCGGAGGAUGUCUGAACAGGCAGCAGCUAGUAGCCUCAAUAAGUUGGCUUACAUCCGUCAGGAACUCAGGAAACCUUUGAAGGGGAUUGUGUUAAUGCAGGAUCUGAUGGGGGCUUCUGAUUUGAGUAGAGAGCAGAGGCAGCUUUUGAAGACAAGUGUAAUGUGUCAGGAGCAAAUAACCAAGAUUGUUGAGGACACAGAUAUUGAAAGUAUUGAGGAGUGCUACAUGGAAAUGAACUCUGGGGAGUUUAACCUUGGUGAAGCCCUGGAGGCUGUCUGGAAACAAGUUACAAUAACGAGCCAGGAGCGCCAAGUAGAUGUUAUCCGUGAUUUACCUGCCGAAGUGUCAUCCAUGUUCUUGUUUGGAGACAAUUUGAGGCUUCAGCAAGUCCUUUCAGAUUUUUUGACAAAUGCACUCCUCUUCACUCCUGCAUUUGAGGGAUCAUCAGUCGCAUUCAGGGUAUUCCCUCGGAAGCAACGUAUUGGAACAAAGAUGCACAUUGUUUAUCUUGAGUUUCGGAUCACUCAUCCAGCACCAGGUAUCCCAGAAGAUUUAGUUCAGGAGAUGUUUCACCACAGCCAAGGUGUCUCAAGGGAAGGUCUAGGCCUAUACAUCAGUCAGAAGCUUGUAACGUUUAUGAAUGGUACUGUACAGUAUCUCAGAGAGGCAGAAGGAUCAUCCUUCAUUAUUUUUGUAGAAUUUCCAUUGGCUCGUCAUCUUGGUCACCAUUGAAAACUACGGCCCUGGGAAUCUGAUAAGCAGAGAACCAAUGCUACUGCAGCUUCCACAUUAACUGUAUCAGUGGCUUGUCAUCUCAACCAAACAAGUGCCUUCACUGUUCAGGGUCAAGUUGUGGUUAUUCUGAGUCUGGAUGAUACUGGAUGCUGCUCAGCCUGUCAAAGAGCAUUCUCCAUUAGAAGUUUAUAAAGAAGGUGAAAAGUUUGCUGCAGAGUCAAAGCUUUUGGUAACACAAAAAAACCUGAUAAAUUCAGUCGAAUAUUUUACAACCUUCAUUUAUAUAGGAUACGCAUAUCUUUCUUGCAUUACAAUUCCUUCGCCAACGUUGCCGCUUUUGGUGUAUAAGAGUUUGAGUUGGAGAAAGCAGGUAAUACCGUACAGUGAAACCUCAAAGUGAUCCUUUGACUUGAUCAGAAACUCCUUACUUGUUAUGGAGAACAAAUAGUUUCAGAAGGCAAAAAGACCUUGGUGGGUGGUUGCUUGCCUCAAAUUACUUAGCUGGAAUGAUGUAGAAUUUAUACCAGUUCUUCUCAGCUGUAGCUAACAUCUUCUAGGCAUUGGUACUGCAGUUAGUGGUAUAGUUUCAGCGGUUCAAAGUUUCGAAAAACCUGUAGGAGUUAUAUUUUUACCAGUUUGAGGAUCAGCGAUCAACUUUUGCGUUUCUUGACCCUGUUUCUAAAUUUUCCCUUCACUCCAUUGAUGAUAGUAUUCAUAUUUGUUUUUUUAGUUUUCUGUCUGUAAACAGCUUUAGCAAUGUGUUUGUAAACGGCUGUAGGCUUGUUUUGUUCUGUUCGUAAACGGUUGUACAUGUUCCGUCUGUAAGCACCUCUAGGCAUGUUUAGUGUUUGGUCAAUGUAAGCAUGUCAUUCAUCCUGUUAAAAGACAAUAUAUGGUAUGGUAUUUGUACUAUCAUCUGGAUCGACAUUUGACCUUCAAUGUUACAUUUACUCUUCACUUUCACUUUACCGUAGCCCGGUUCCACACUUCCUGAUCACUUUCAGUUUUCGUGUUUGUGACUGUCAGAAAUAUGUUUUAGAAUUCUGUAGUCAAAUUGUGGGCUAACAUUUAGCCAUACAUGUUAAAUACUGUCGCGAAAAUUGUCAAAAACUGGAGUCGUUUAUGUGAGAGGUCAGGUCAAUAAAUUAUUUGAUUUCACUGCAUCUGUGUUUGAUAACCGUAGAUGACCAAAUCUAGUUGGUGGGGUCUUUAGAUGUAGAACUCCAGUCUCCCACUCUCCUUGAUGUUAAUUUAACAUAUUUGGAAUUGUUUGGGUCCAAGGAAACCCAAGCGAAUGGAGAGUCAGCAUUGGUUUCAUUUUGUUCACCGGUGUCGUGUUUUUAUCUUCGUUUUUAUUUCACUUUCUAUUUCUUCUUUCUUCUAAUUAUUGUGCCUGCCUGUGCAAAGGGCAAAAGAUUUGCUGUCUUUCUUGACAAAAAGAUGCACUGAUAUUGAUUUAGUGGUGGGGUUACUCUC